CCACACCGAUCUGGGAUCAGCACCGCGGACAGCACUGCUGUUUUACAAGCGUUAUCCUUUCUGCUGUUUUUGCUCUUCAUCAUCCCCGACCAGCUCGGCCAUACUUAGGUGUAGGGAAACUUUUAAUGCGCCUCUGAAUCGCUGUUCCUGGACGUAGCUGCAACUUUUCUCAGGCUUCGUGUUUUAUGCGGCUUGUGUCGACGGCCGCUGCGUUGCUGCUCGCUUCUCUCAGCGAGCUACGGGGAAUUAAGUUUUAAUUGUUACGUUUUUGGACCGCGGAGAAAGUUUUUUAUUUGUGAAUUGGAAAGUUGUUUUUUUUUUUUUUUUUUGACAUUAGUCGUAACGCUCGGACAUUUUAUUGGGGAUGUAUCUAGAAUAAAUGAAUUUAGACCGCGUCAUGGUCGCUGAUAGUGUUUUAAUUUGAGCCUUUUAGGUGUUUAGAGGCAGGGCCGCCGGACUGUGUUGUAGCGGCCAGCAGAAUGUCUCUGAAUAAUGGCGUGGAGACUGAGGCAGAGGGAGCUAAACUCUGUUGCCUCUGAGCUGGCCGGUCGACAGGAGGAGAGCGAACAUUCCCACAAGCACCUGGUAGAGCUAAGCAGGGAGUUCAAGAGAAAUGUCCCAGAGGAAGUCCGGGAGUUGGUGGCACCUGUUCUCAAGAGUUUCCAGGCGCAGGUGGUAGCUCUGAACAAGCGCAGUAAGGAGGCAGAGUCUGCAUUCUUGGGAAUCUACAAACAGCUUAUUGAGGCCCCAGAUCCAGUUCCUGCGCUGGAGGCCUCCCACUCCCUGGAGGAAAGGCUGCAGCAGCUUCAGAGUUCGGCCCCGGACAGUGAGGCCCUGGUGCGAGAGAUCAGCGGGCACUGGAAGAAACACCUGGAGUGCCUUGAAAAGACAGAGCCCUCAGAGGACGGAGCAGCAGCUGCACCUGCAUCAGAGGCCUCAGAAUCCACCUCUCCAGUUUCCCUGAUGACCCCAAACAGCACACCGGCCCCUGAGGCCCCAGCAUCUCCACAGCAGAACCACCAGGACCAAACUGAGGUCCAACGGGAGGAGGAGGAGGAGGGCGCUCAUGUUAGUUUGGUUGACAGACUAUCAGAGGCCGAGGAGAAGAUCAAAGUUCUGCAUUCAUCUUUGAAUACUGCACAGACAGAGCUGCUGGAUCUACGGUGCAAAUACAACCAGGAGAUGGCAAACAAGAAAGCUGAAGUCAAUGCCAUCAUGGCGAAUCUAGAGAAAGCGAACCAGAGAGCAGAAAUGGCUCAAAGGGAAGUGGAGCGGCUAAAGGAGCAGUUAGCCAGUGGGCCGACUGCAACAACAGGAAGCUGCCAUCCAGCAGAGGGCGCCACUAGGGACAAGAAUGAGAAGAGCGACGUGUUGUCAGCCCAGGUGGAGGCUGCCUUGCUGGCUAAAGACCGCGAAAUCCUCCGCCUUCUUGAAAACAUUCAGCGGCUGCAGUUCACACUACAGGAAGUUCAGGAGACUUCAUCUAAUCAGAUCCUUCAGUUGGAGCGCCAGUUGGCAUGUAAGAAGGAGGCUAUUGAGAGAUUAGAGGCUAAAAUACAGUCCCAGAUGGACUAUGAGGAGAUUAAAACUGAGCUCAGUAUUCUAAAGGUUAUGAAGCUGGCUUCAGCAAAUGGUAACUCGUCCCAGGAUUCUGCCAAGGCUGCAGAGGUUCUUUUGUUAGACAAAGAGGUCUUUCUUCCAUCUCACAAGUACAUGGGAGAUAAAAACAGAAUAUUGCACAGUAAUGAUGAUAACCACUCUGAGGAUGCGGGCAGGGAGACGAGCAGGCCGCCUGGCUCCCAUUCUUCUUCCUCUCAGGCAGAGAGUCGUGCCUCCUCCAGUCCAGUUCCCCCCACCUUGGAUGGUUCCUCCUCCAGCCACGACCUCCCCCGUCCUUUCUCUGUGUCGCCGUCUUCUGGAGACAGAAUGUCGGGAGACCACAUUCUUCACAAGCAGCUUCUCUCUCCACACUUUAAAAAGGAAGGCCUCAUGGCUUUCCCCACCGCCCUCUAUGCAGCAAAAGUUGCACUCAUGUCAGCCUCUCAAGGGUCUGUAGGGGCCGGCAGCAUUGAUGCCGGCCUGCCCAGCGACCAGUCGGAAAGCGGCAGUUCAACCGCAGGAGAUGAGGACCAGUUGGACACAGCGGAGAUCGCCUUUCAGGUGAAAGAGCAGCUGCUGAAGCACAAUAUUGGCCAACGAGUGUUUGGCCACUAUGUGCUGGGCCUCUCCCAGGGCUCAGUCAGUGAAAUUCUGGCAAGACCCAAACCCUGGAGGAAGCUGACUGUGAAAGGCAAAGAGCCUUUUAUAAAAAUGAAACAGUUUCUCUCUGAUGAACAGAACAUCCUGGCUCUCAGGACUAUUCAGGUCCGGCAGAGAGGGAGCAUCACUCCACGCAUCCGAACUCCUGAAACUGGGUCAGACGACGCCAUUAGGAAUAUCUUGGAGCAGGCCAAGAAGGAGAUCCAGUCACAGAGAAGUGGUGAUGGCAAGUCAUCUCUGAACAGCUCAUCUGGCAGAAUCAGUAAUGGAGCAGGCAGCAGCUCUGAUGAAACUAUAAAGAACAUCCUUGAGCAGGCCAGGAGGGAGAUGGAGGCUCAGCAGCAGGCCCUAAUGGAGAUGGAGGCUUGUGGAAGGUCCUCCACUGCCAGUUCAGGGGUUCAGGUUGAAUGCCUCGGGCCCCCUGAGCGCUCCAGGGUCCUUCCUUUGCCCAUCUCUAUCAAACAGGAGGAGGGGGGAUGUGUCGCAGUAUGCAUGGCCAACUCCAUCAGCAGCCCCCAGACACCACUCAGUGUUCUCUCCCCAGCUGCCUUUGUUCAGAACAUCAUUCGCAAAGUCAAAACCGAAAUUGGUGAAGCAGGCACUUACUUUGAUCAGCACUGGUCCCAGGAACGGGGAGCUGUGAUACUUGGUGGCGGCGUUAGCUCCCGACCCUUUAGUUCAGUCUCACCCUCCUUGUCUUCCUCCUCCUCGGGGCCCCCUACCCUGCCCCGCCCCUGGCCUCGCCUGGAGAACUGUGACGGCCUUGCUAAUAGCGAGGAGGCCUCAAAUGCAGAUGAUGAGCUGGGUGUGGGCCGGCCGGUGGAGGUGAAGGUGGAGUCUGACACCUCAGUGAGUGGCGAGUCCCCAGGAUCAGGUCCAGGCCGCCUUUCUUACUAUCCAGCAUACAUUCCACGUGCCCUGAAGCCCACCGUGCCCCCUCUGACUCCAGAGCAGUAUGAGAUGUACAUGUAUCGAGAGGUGGACACCAUUGAGCUGACCAGGCAGGUGAAAGAGAAGCUGGCAAAGAAUGGCAUCUGUCAGAGAAUCUUUGGAGAAAAGGUGCUUGGCCUAUCUCAAGGCAGUGUCAGUGACAUGCUGUCACGUCCCAAACCCUGGAGCAAGCUGACCCAAAAAGGCAGGGAGCCCUUUAUCCGCAUGCAGCUGUGGUUACUGGAUCAGCUUGGCCAAAGCCUCAACCAACCUCCGAACCAGGGCCAUACUCAGGAUAAAAGUCCGGUAACAACCCAGUCAUCUCCCUCCCCACCUCCUAGUCCAGCAGAGAGUCACCCGAGUCCACUGGUUGAGCCUGUCAGUCUGUCACUAGAGAGCAGCAAAGAGAACCAGCAGCCUGAAAGCCUUGGUUUGGGGUUGCCGAGCAAUCCAGAAGGUGGGAAAUCCACUUCUAGUCUCAUGGGUCUGCAUCACCCUACAACCCCAUUAGGAAUCCAGGAGCUGGUCGCUGUGUCUCCAGAGCUAGACACAUAUGUUAUAACCAAAAAGGUCAAGGAGGUGCUAACAGACAACAACCUAGGCCAGCGUCUUUUUGGGGAGACCAUCUUGGGUCUGACUCAAGGUUCCGUGUCUGACCUGCUGUCCAGGCCCAAACCAUGGCACAAACUGAGUCUUAAAGGCAGGGAACCAUUUGUCCGAAUGCAGCUGUGGCUCAAUGAUCCUCACAAUGUGGAUAAGUUGAGAGUCAUGAAAAAGAUGGAGAAAAAAGCUUAUCUGAAGAGGCGAUAUGGGCUGCUGAGCACUGGCUCUGACAGUGACUCACCCAGCACUCGCUCUGAGUGUGUGAGUCCUGCCCUGGCCUCAUUGGAUCUGUGUCCCUUCAGCCAAGUAAAGAAGCCUCGGGUGGUGCUGGGAGCCGAGGAGAAAGAAGCCCUGAGGAAGGCUUACCUGCAGGAGCCCUACCCCUCUCAGAACACUAUAGAGAUGCUGGCAUCGCAGCUCAACCUCAAAACCAACACUGUUAUCAACUGGUUUCACAACUACAGGUCCAGGAUGAGGCGUGAAGUGCUGAUGGGGAGUCUACCGGAUAAUGACACAGAUGCUGACCCCAACAGCUACUCCCCCUCUGUAACACAGAGCCCCAACUCUGAUGGCGAGGACAGGAGGCUGCUGCCCCCCUCAGGACAAAUCCAUUCCAGCCUUCCUCUUAGCACUAAUGCUGCACUUCCUCAUGUUAAACAGGAGGCAACAUACAGGGAAGAGGAUGAUGUGGAUGGAAGAGAAGCCUCACAGAAAGAAGUAGGAGUACAAUGUUUUCCCACAGCUGUAGCAUUGUCUCCUUUGAAAAGUGAGCACGAAGACUCCAUCUCUGGUUGUCAUGAGCCUCACCUGGCUAGCCAGAGCCUGAUGCAGGAUGAAGGUGCGAGCAGCCAGAUUCAGGGACUCCACCUUUGUACAGCCUCCACAGAUGGUCCUCAGCGAUCUAACAAGUCCAGGUAUGAUGGAGAAGAAUCAGGGAAGUCCCCCGUUGAUCCAGUCAGCUUCAAGGCAUCAUCGGAGCCCUGUCGCAGCAGCCUCGAGGUAUCCCUCAAUUCUCCUUCUGCCGCAUCAUCUCCCGGCCUCAUGAUGUCAGUGUCUCCAGUUCCCUCUUCCUCUGCUCCCAUAUCACCCUCGCUGCCCAAUCAGGCAACAAGCACCAACCACAGCAUGGAUGCUAACCCGCUCCCUCCGUUCCAAAGCCCCAAACUCAACAGAAGCACUCAGAGACGCAACGAGAAAAUGGCCAACCUCAAUAACAUCAUCCACAGGCUAGAGAGAGCAGCGAAUCGGGAAGAAACACUGGAAUGGGAGUUUUAAAGCCUCCUUUGCUGUAUCUCAUCCAGAAGACUCUUGCUGCACACAGGAAGGUUGGAUGGAAGCUUCCUGCAGACCUGAAUGGAGCUUGGCUCCUCAAGGCCUGUCGUCUUGGACUGGAAACAGGAAUGCAGAGGAGAACAUGAAGCUGAAUUUCCUACAAUAAUUUAAGAGUUAAAAAAUUUAUAAAAGUGUAUUUGUUUUUGUUUUUUUUCUUCUUUUGAUAACGCAUACUACUUUGAAAUGUAUGUGACAGCACUAGCUGUUGUUUUACCUUAUUGGACUUGACAUGAAGACUUUUGCAGCUAUGGUGUCAUAAAAUGUACACUGAAGUUCUGUAGAUUGCCACUGGGUGAGAUUAAAAAAAAGACCUCUGUCUUAAGCCAUUAAAAGCACUAUAACUAUUUGAAAAAAGACACUGACCAAAUUUGCUACUUUUUGAAUAGCAGUUUUUCAAAUUUUGUCUGUCAGACUGGACAGUUUAAGUCGAGUAACAUGAAUUCCAAUUACUGACUGAGGGAUAGUCCUUUAAGACUCUAAAUAUACAACAUCUUGUAUGUACUUAGUUUCUUGGUGAUAUGUUUUGAAACAUUUGUAACUCACACUUAUAAAAUGUGGUUGUACAUGUUGUAGAACUGUCUGCAAUAGCCUUCUCUAAAUCUGAUGUAGCAUGGUACUCACCUGACCCUGUUAUCCUCUGUAGUUAGUCACCUGUGAUUAUACUUGAGCGAAAACAAACAAAAAAAAAAAAGAGGUUAAACAACAAAUAGUUGAAAAACCUGCAAAAAAGGAAAAAAGUUCAUGUCAAACAAAGAAAUCCUUUAAGUGUUUUUUUUUUUUUUUUUUUUUCUCUUUUUUUAAUAAUACUUGAGGUUUACAGUUUAGGACCCGUGUGCUUUUUGGUACACACAGUUUCUUUCAGAUUUACGUCUCCGACUCUCUAAGGCACUGCUUCUCAGAUCGUAAUGGGCCACGAUGCCUGAUGCUUGGUUUACCUCAGAUUAGGUUCACGCACAUCAUGCUAUGAUUAUGCACUUCAUAAACAGAAACACGAACCAACCAAACAUGAGUCAGGAAAGGAGAUGUGCUCUGCAUCUGCUAUGGGUCAGUUCGCCCCUCCACUAAUUUCUACCCAUGUACUUAAACCAUUCAUCUUUAUAGUUAUUAGGCACUGGCUGCUUAUUGGGUACUAGUGUAUAACACAAGUUUAAAAAUGCUUAUGGUUUUCCAAAUCCAUAAACAGUUUUCCUUCCAACAGUUUAAAGUCCAUUUAUAAACAUGUCAGACAAAGUACGGAAGUGACAACAGUGUUGCUCUGGUUGAAUGGAGCAGGGCUGCCUCUCCUCUAGGUGUUGCUGCACACUGCCAGUCAGCUGGCUAAAAUGAGACACCUAUGGUUUUUUUUUUUCAUGCUGACAGAAAAAUUGUUAAAUUAAAAAGACAGUGGUGGUGCAGAAACUAAUCACCUAUAACCUAAGGUAAUUCAGUUUUACAACUAUAGCUGGCAACCUUUUCUAAAUAAAAGAAUUGUGUAAUAUAAAACAUUUUUAUUUGAAAUAUGUCUUAAUAUUGUCAACCAUGUUAUUUUUACUAAAGGUUAUACCAUGAAAAUCUUAUACUGGCCAAUGCCUAAAAAAAAAUGUUUUCAUGAACAAGUAGAUAGGUAACCAGAAAAAAUGCUCAAAUCUCAUGUGUAAUUUAAUUCUACAGUUAAACUAUUCAUACGCCUGGCAGAUUUAGAUUUAAAUUUGUUUUCAUUGAAUCAAGAAGUUUUUUUUCUGUCAGGAAAUGAGACUGGCAUUGCUCAAGAGAUAAGACUAUCUCUUAAAAUACUAGGGAUAACGUUUUUUUGGGGAAAAAUUUGUUUAUUUAUAUUUAAACAAAAAAAUGGCAUGUCAAAAAUGAUUUAUACCCUUCUCAAUAAGCAGUGGAUUUAAUGCCUUUAUUGGCAUUACAAUAAUGAAACCCUUUUUAUAACUGAUGGCUUUUUGCCUGUUUAUCUUUGUUGAUGAGGUCCAAGUCUUUAAGGUUGGAAGGUAUCCUAACCAUCACCCUAAACCUUUGCUUCCUCCACAGAUCCUCUGUUGGAUUCUGGUCAGAACUCUGGACUGACCGGUCUAAAACAAUAUUACUUUCACUUAGAAGAAACAUGGUGUUAAAAUUAAAAUAUGAGCGUUAAAUCUAAAUCUACCAGCUGUAUGAAAACAUUUGGGGUCAACUAUGUAUUCUUUUCAGAAGACACCAUAUUUCUAUUUAUUUCUUCUGAUUCCCAUUUGACUCAAUUGGUUUGUGAAACAUGACAGAUAUCGACUUCAAAUUGAUGCAAUGUCAGUAUGACGUCUCCUGUGGUAGAUGGCUCAGUUUCAUACCUGAAAAGGUUGAGUAUGCAAUGACCAAAACUGCAAAGGUACAAAAUAGUGUUGGGGCGAAAUGAGCACUACUUUGUGCAUCAUGGCUCACAUGAGAGUUAACUUCUCAGAGAACCAACAUGAAGCAGGGUGCAUGGUAACUUUUUCUUUGUAUGUGUACAGAUGCUCCUCACUGGUAACUCCUGACUGAGUUCACAUUCUCAGAACGGGUCUUUUACAGUUGUUGGAAUAAAUAACACUUUCAAGGAACAGCUACCGAGAACUAAAACAUGGUUUAGCUGGGCAUUCGGUAGCACUGAUGAGUUGUGCAUUGAUCUACUUUGGGGCUAAAGCUCAGUAUACCUGAACCUGAAACACUUCAGUCUGUAAGUACAAUAUAUUAAAAGAGCACCCCUUCAUAUUAUCUUUGACCACUUGUGUAUUGUGUCUGUAGCUGUUUCUUUGUCAUGCUUGCAGGAUGUUCUUUAUGUAUUUUGCCUCUAUUUUAUACUGUGAACACUUACCUAGAUAUCCAAUACCUCCUGUAUGAAGUACUUACAGCACUUAGAUUUUUGAUAAUUGUGAGAACUCCAAGAAAUUUUCAAAUAUGAACAUUAUCCUUACUUAGCGUCCACAGGUCUUUGCCUUUACUGUAUUGUUGGAUUUGGUAGUAAACACUUGCACAUGACAUAGUUCAGAGGACUUGGAUUGUAUUAUGUAGAGCUAUAUAUUACACAAUUAUUAAAAAUAACCCUACAUCCUGGGUACAAAAUGUGCUGAAUAUAUUGAGAUAUAAUGUACAGAUUUAAUAAAUCAAACCCAGUCAAGCCAGUUCUUAUCUGGCAAGCUUGCCCACAUUUUAGACCUUCUCUCAGGGUAGUCUUGCUUUUUAAAGCUUUACUGAAAUGGAUUCUCUCAUCGGUGAUGGUGAUUAUGAUAAACAUGUGGUGUAGAGAAUGACUCUGUUAUGAUCAUGUGGCACUUGUAUGGUUAUUGGAGUUUGAGCUAUCACAUAAAAUUGUGGUUUGCUUGGAGGAUUGACGCAGUUUUGUAAUUCAUUACACCGAUGUGUCAAAGUACAGUACAGACUGGAAAUACUAGGAAGAGGCUUAAGGGUUGCUUAUCUGAGAUCAGUAGAUUUGCUCUCUAAAAACACCAUUUUCUUUUCUUCUUGGAGCUGGAAAAGCUUCUGUGCUGCUUUUCUAACAUCCAUAUUCUGUGCAUAGUAUACUCUGAUUAGAUUUGACUAGAUUUUCUUAUGAGAAAACUUCAUUGUUUUUCAUAUUAACAUGGUCACACGAAAAGAUAUGUAUUUACCUUGACCAUCAUCUUCUCAUGUAAACAUCUAAUUGUUUUGCAUGCAAUUAAUUCUGGUCACAUGACAAGGGGAUAGACUCUUUUUGUGUAAUUCUUCUUACACAGGAAUGGUAAAUCAGUACUUAAGAUCCUUUUUACAUUAGUAAUGUCCAUGCAUGGUGCUGCUGAUUGAAAUGACUCUUGCAAAAUCAUUACGGUUCUGUUGAAAGUUGGAACUCAAGAAUCAGCUUACUUCUAGGUUAAUAUUUAAAUUAAGGUUGUUUUGUGCCAUAUCAUAUGCUUCAUGCAUUUUCCUUACAGAGAAAUUUCUUGUGUGGAGGCUGUUUGUAACCCAGUUCAGAAAGAAAGCCAAGCUUGGUUUUUAAUUAUGAACUUUAAAUUUAAUUGUUUUAUUUUAUAAUUGACAUUAGUCACUAAAAAGAAAAUAGCUGGUAAGCAGAAAGUAGAUAAUUAUGAUCCAAGGUAAUAUAAAAAUUUUGGUUUCAGCUGUGGCACUGAGGGUUUGUCCCAAAGACAAUUUGUUUAAAGGUUGGCUGUGAUUCUGUAGGGAAGGCUUAAAAAAAGUUUGAAAAGAACUUUGUAAGGCCUAACAUGUCAGUCUAUCAAAUGUUGAAGAAUGGUCAAUGGUAUGCCAAUUUACUUGGAAAAUAAACUGCAUAUGUAAGGCAUCAGUCAAUACAUUUUUAAGACCUGU